AUGUCCCGGCCCAGUAGCAAAGCCAUUUACUUGCACCGGAAAGAGUAUUCCCAGAGCCUGGCCUCAGAGCUCACCCUCCUGCAGCACAGGGUGGAGCAUCUGAUGACAUGUAAGCUGGGGACACCUAAAGUCCGGGAACCCAAGGAUGCACUGCAGAAGCUGCAGGACAUGGACACACAGGGCCGAGUGUGGAGCCAAGACCUGAUCCUGCAGGUCAGAGAUGGCUGGCUCCAGCUGCUGGACAUCGAGACCAAGGAGGAGCUGGACUCUUACCGCCUAGACAACAUCAAGGCCAUGGAUGUGGCACUGAACACCUGCUCCUACAACUCCAUCUUGUCCAUCACUGUGCAGGAGUCUGGCUUGCCAAGCACUAGCACUCUGCUCUUCCAGUGCCAUGAAGUAGGGGCAGAACGGCUGAGGACCAGCCUGCAGAAGGCCCUGGAGGAGGAGCUUGAGCAAAGACCUCAAUUUGGAGGCCUUCACUCAGGCCAGAACAGAUGGAGGGGACCAUCUCUGGAAAGGUCACUUCCUUUGGAGCAGGCACCCUCUCUGGAGCGGGGGCCCCUUCCAGAGCAGCCCUACCAGAUGACCCCAGAGCACAGCAUCCCACCAUCCCCAAGGACCCUGUCACGCCACCCCAGUGCCAGAGAACCAAGCGCCUUCGCUCGGCCUCCUCCAAGACGGUCUCCAUCCCCAGAGGAUCUACAGAGAGAUGAGGAGGUGCUGAACCAUGUCCUAGGGGACAUUGAGCUGUUCAUGGGAAAACUGAAGGAGGUUCAGGCAAAGACCAGCCUUAAGAAGAAGAGGAGACUUAGGAAAAAAAAGAACAAGGAGAAUGAGGGAAUAACCCGGGCACACUACAUUGACUGCUUCCAGAAGAUCAAGUACAGCUUCAACCUCCUGGGAAAUCUGGCCCUCAGGCUGGAGGAGACGAGUGCCCCUGAGUUUGUGCACAUCCUCUUCAAAACUCUGGACUCUAUCCUGGCCCAGUGCCCUGAUGCUGACCUACCAUCUCAAGUGGUCUCACCCCUCCUCACCCCCAAAGCCGUUGACCUGCUGCAGUCCUGUCUGAGCCCAUCUGAAAGUAACCUCUGGAAGGGGUUGGGUGUGGCCUGGACCACCAGCCGGGCUGACUGGACAGGCAAAGAGCCUCCACACUACCAACCUACAUUUUAUGAUGGCUGGCAACCUCCAGAGCGCUCCUCCUUGGCACCCUUAGGAUAUCAGGACUCUAUUGCCCUCCGCAUCCCACCCUCCAGCCCUAGACCUGUCAAAUCAGUCCUGAAAAUGCAAGUUCUGUAUGAGUUUGAAGCAAGGAACCCGCAGGAACUAACUGUGGUUCAGGGUGAGGUGCUGGAGGUUCUGGACCACAGCAAGCGGUGGUGGCUGGUGAAGAAUGAGGCAGGACAGAGUGGCUACAUUCCCAGCAACAUCCUGGAGCCCCUGCAGAUGGGAGGCCCUGGGAGCCAGGGCCAGUCACCCACACGGGCUCCAAUGCUUCGACUCAGUUCAAGGCCUGAGGAAGUCAAGGCUUGGCUGCAGGCAGAAAACUUUUCCACUGUCACGGUGAAGACCCUAGGGUCCCUGAUGGGGAACCAGCUACUUCACAUGAGACCUGGGGAGCUACAGAUGCUGUGUCCACAAGAGGCCUCACGAGUCCAGACACGGCUGGAGGCUGUCAGAAGGAUGCUGGGGAUGAGUCCUUAG